GAACCAAAGCACAUGCCACUGCCCAUUUUCAUUCCCUCCUCAUAAAAUAUUCGAAAAAACCAACUGCAUUUAUUGAUCACUACCCAUUUUAUCUAAAUUUGGCACCUUCCCUUCACAGUUCACACCACCAUAUAUACUGCCUCUUACUGUCUCUCCCACUAUAUAUGUGUGAAUCUGUUCCGUGUAAGUAUAUCAGAAAUUUUUUCUGGUAAACAGAUACAGCAUUGGCAUUUUGUUUAUAUAUAGUGCCUGUUGAAAGAACAGAUCUGUGUACUGAUUCUAUUGAUUUUCCUUUUUCAUUAUUUGGGUUGGGAUAAGUGACAAAAAUUUAAUGCUGAAGAAUUUGGGGCUCUGUUUUUCAAUGGGUUCUCUGUUUUUGUUAAUUGCUAUUUUGCCUCUGGCAUUGGCUGGUCAUGAUUAUAGGCAGGCUCUUAGCAAGAGCAUUCUCUUCUUUGAAGCUCAGAGAUCUGGUUACUUGCCCAGAAAUCAAAGAGUCCAAUGGAGGGGUCAUUCUGGUCUCAAUGACGGCAAAAUUAGUGGGGUGGAUCUUGUGGGAGGGUAUUAUGAUGCAGGGGACAAUGUGAAAUUUGGGCUGCCAAUGGCAUUCACCGUAACCAUGAUGUCUUGGAGUAUAAUAGAGUAUGGAAAGCAAAUGGCGUCUAGUGGAGAACUUGGACAUGCCAUUUCUGCUGUUAAGUGGGGCACUGAUUAUCUCAUCAAAGCCCACCCUCAACCUUAUGUCCUUUAUGGAGAGGUUGGGGAUGGGAAUACGGACCACUACUGCUGGCAACGGCCAGAGGACAUGACCACUUCUAGGGCCGCUUACAGAAUUGACGCAAGCCACCCUGGAUCCGACCUUGCCGGCGAGACCGCCGCCGCUAUGGCUGCCGCCUCCGUCAUCUUCCGCCGCUACAAUCCUUCCUAUUCGGCGGAGCUUCUCAAACAUGCCUACCAGCUGUUCGAUUUUGCGAACAAAUACAGGGGAAAGUAUGACAGUAGCAUCACAGUGGCUCAAAAGUACUAUCGAUCUGUCAGUGGAUACGCCGAUGAAUUGCUGUGGGCAGCUGCAUGGCUGUACAAAGCAACAAAUAAUUACUACUACUUAAAUUACCUAGGGAACAAUGGCAAUUCCCUUGGAGGUACAGGGUGGGCCAUGACUGAGUUUGGUUGGGAUGUUAAAUAUGCUGGGGUCCAGACCCUGGUCGCCAAGUUCCUAAUGCAAGGUAAAUCGGGUCAUAAUACAGCAAUCUUUAGAAAAUACCAAGAAAAGGCCGAGUUUUUCAUGUGUUCGUGCCUCGGAAAGGGAACACGCAACGUUCAGAGGACUCCCGGAGGCCUCAUUUUUCGCCAGAGAUGGAACAAUAUGCAAUUUGUCACAAGUGCCUCAUUCCUUCUCACGGUGUACUCUGAUUAUUUGUCAUCCGCCGGCAAGAUCCUCAGGUGUGCUUCAGGCAAUGUGGCGCCGUCCCAACUUCUCUCGUUUGCUAAAUCUCAGGUGGACUAUAUUCUUGGAGAUAACCCAAGAGCUACGAGUUACAUGGUGGGAUAUGGAAACAGUUUUCCGAGAGAAGUUCACCACAGAGCGGCAUCUAUUGUCUCCAUUAAGCAAAACCCUUCGUUUGUGAGUUGCCGAGGUGGUUACGCCACAUGGUUUAGCCGUAAGGCAAGCGACCCCAAUCUGCUUACCGGUGCACUUGUUGGUGGACCGGAUGCGUAUGACAACUUUGCUGAUCAAAGAGACAACCAUGAGCAAACCGAGCCUGCUACUUACAACAAUGCACCCCUUCUUGGUACGUUGGCACGAUUACACGGUGGUAACAGAGGAUACAAUCAGCUUCGUCCAGCGGAGCUUCUCUCACUUAAACCGAUUGCUAGUCAGCCAAAGCAUGCUCCAAAACCAGGGACAAAUCCAGCUCCAGCUUCGUCUGCCAAUCCAAUUGCAAUUGUCCAGAAGGUGACAACUUCAUGGAUUUCCAAAGGAAAAACUUACUACAGAUACUCUACAAAAGUGACAAACAAAUCUUCGAAGAAACUCAAGAAUAUGAAGCUCUCAAUAUCCAAGCUCCAUGGUCCUCUAUGGGGUCUCACAAAGUCGGGGGAUUUCUAUUUCUUUCCAGCAUGGAUUAACUCUUUGGCAGCUGGUAGAAGUGUCGAGUUUGUGUAUAUCCACUCCAGUUCUCCUGCAGAGGUCACGGUAUCAAACUAUACUCUCGUCUAAGAUGAGAGAAGCUGUUUACGAAGAGAAAUUCACAUCGUUUCUAUAUGAUAUUAUAAUGUAAGAAUUGUGCAGCUAUACAGGACACUGACCAAAGGUGUUUUCUCCUUUUGAAUUACCAAGUUUCGAUUACUUGUUGAUUUGUGAUCUAAGUAGGGAUUUUGAUGGGAUUAUGGUUAAUAAGGUCGAGGUGGGAAGAAGAAAGGAGUGAAGAGACAACUUAACACGGGUGCUCAUCCUCUUUCUUUGCCGCUUCAUCAGUUACAGAGAGAGAGACAGAGAGAGAGAGAGAUGAGUAUGAGAAGUUAAUCUUCUCAACAAAGCUUAGAAGUUUUAUGUUCUCUUGUACUUCAUAGCCGGUUUUAGGGUUUGUUCUGCAUUGCCCUUUCUUGUGUUUGAUGUUGUAAACUCCACAACAUUUCCUAUCUUGGAAUUUUAUUACAUCCAUAAUUUGUGCAAAAGAUCA